CAUGCACAGGUACAACAUUGACCAGGCACCAAAUACAUUCAACAACACUUGACACUCCUUCCUCACCGUCGACCACAGCGUCCGACCACAGCUCGUCGACGUGCAACGCGUCCUUCUGUAUACCAUAUAACCCGUAUACCUGUAUGUAAAUCUGUAUAUUUCUUACUGCACAUGGCACCUCCCAGGCGACGGGUAUCAUAUGUCAUACCUCCACCCACGGACGAUGUUCCACGGCUCAGGCUGCCACCGUUUGGAGUCCCUCGCAAUGGUUCUAUACGCCCGCUCCUCAUACCCUCUCAUACACUACUGGCCGAAUCCAAGAGCAUUUCUGAGAAUUCUCAUCCCAGGCAUCGACUGGGCGCCAUGUCCCUCGCGCUCGACACGACCACGCGUCUCGAAGGUCGGAACACACCGGAAGGCAUCCUAUAUACCGGUGGAAGGGAUGGACUCGUUAUAUCAUGGGAUUUGGGACUUCCGUUCAAGCGUAGACAUGAUGGCAGGCGCCGCAGAGACAGGAUAGAUAGGUGGGAAAUGUUGACGGGGAUGGGCGAUGAAACACUUCCCGAGGAGGCUGAGGAAGAUGAGAGACGAGACGGAGAUGUACUAGGAGAUGUAAAGGAGGGUGGUGGACGAAGGCCAAGAGGCAGCGCAACUGACCAGUUGCCAUAUGAACUCCAGUGGCAGUUAGACGUCGAUGCAUUGGCAUCAGGAUCGCCUUCCAGCUUCCGUCAGUGUGCGCAGACCCAUACAGACUGGGUGAACGAUCUCUUACUCUGUAAUUACAACCAGACAGUUGUUUCUGCAUCGUCUGAUGGAACCAUAAAGGCAUGGCAUCCCCAUGCCAUUUCUCCCACUGACCCCUCUGCAAUUGGAUCUCAUGCCGAUUAUGCGCGCUGUCUCUCACUUUGUCGCGAACAGAAUUGGAUAGCCUCUGGCUCAUUUGACCGCACCAUCAAACUCUGGGAUCUCACCAGAGCAUCGACAACACCCGAACCAUUCCUUACUCUCAACCCACCUGAUGCUACCGCGCCAAAAGCCUCUGUAUAUGCGAUAGCCUCCGACCCGUACGGACACGCUAUCGCAAGUGGAUCUCCAGAACGUGUCAUCAGGAUGUGGGAUCCGCGUUCUGGAAAGAGGACAGGGAAGCUCGUCGGCCACACGGAUAAUAUCAGAGCCAUUUUGAUUUCAGACGACUCAAGAUACCUCCUCACAGGUUCUGCAGACGCAUCCAUCAAACUCUGGUCAUUGUCAUCUCAGCGAUGCCUACACACAUUUGCAUACCACACAGAUUCUGUUUGGUCUCUACAUUCAACGCAUUCCUCACUCGAGGUGUUCUACUCUGGCGACAAGUCGGGUAAUGUGUGCAAAGUCGACGUGGAGGGAUGUGCAGACGUUGCUGACGGUGCCUGUAUGGUUGUUGCGCGGGAAUCUUCUAUUGAAGUGGGCGAAGGUAUCAAUACAAUUGUGACUGCGGAUGACGGCCUUCUUUGGACUGCCUCCGGUAACUCGAGUAUCAGUCGCUGGAGGCUGCCGAAACGCGUAACGAAACGAGUCUUAGAUGAGGAGAGAGAACAUAUUGCUGAUGGUUCCGUUGCUACGAUCUCGAGGAGGCAUGUUUCCCAUGCACCAGAUCCUAUACAGUGGUCUGCGCCGUCAUCAAUACAUCAAGGUCGUAGGGAUGAUACGAUAGCAGCGUACCCAGGUGUUCCGCUCACAUCACUUGUACGACUCACCUCUCCUGACGGUCCCCCUUUCUCCCCUUCUUCAUUCGCUCUGCGUGGACGCGAUCCCGAGGUUGCAACAUUAUACUCUGCUGCAUCCAUCGCCUCCGUUCCUGGAGGACGUUCACCACUCCAUGCUGUCUUCCAGCACUGUUCCACCCUCAUGCCCCCCAACACCCUUCGAAGCAUGAAAAGUGAUAUCUCGAUGUCGCACAGCGAGGCCGAUCCAGCGCAUGACCAUCGAUCCGCAUAUGAAUCUCGGGAAUUCGCUACUGAUGCCAAUCCUCUGAAUGCCAGUCCAGAUGCAGUGAUACCAGGUUCUCAUGGCCUCGUGCGGGCUAUCCUGCUAAACGAUCGCAUGCAUGCGCUAACGGUAGAUACGAAUGGCGAGGUCGCCGUUUGGGAUAUCGUACGAGGAGUCUGCAGAGGUUGGUUUGCCCGUGAGGAGGUACGUGCUGCGAGCAGAUGCGGCAGUACUUCUGGCAGUGGGCCGCGUCGUGACAACGGGAGUGUGACGGGAGGAGACAAAGAGCGGAGUCCUCGUGAAGCACUCGAAGCAGUCCGAGAGCGCAUCGAGGGUGAAGCUGUCAGUUCAUCUUGGUCAUCUGUGGACACGAAAGCCGGUGUCCUCACUGUGCAUAUCAACGAGCGCUGUUUCGAUGCCGAGAUAUAUGCAGACGAAGCUGGUUUCGACCACGACAGGCAUUUUACCGAUGAACUCCGAUUCAAUAUUGGCAGGUGGGUCCUACGAAAUUUGUUCCUGGGUUUUAUUCGCGAGGAACAACGCAUUCGUCGUAAACGCGACACCCACGGUUCCGAGGGUCACUCAGCGUUGCAUCGCACCGCAGCUCCGCUGCCACUAGAAUUGAAUGGGAACCAUUCUACUUCCACACUGCGGCGUUCCUCCGAGUCUUCAACAAGGCCGUCUCGAGUUCCUGUUAGUACUGCGGUUGUCACAUCAGCCACUAGUUUGCCCGCUGUCCUUCCUUCCCUUCCUUCUUUGACCCGACCCAGCCCUCUCCUUACCCCAAUGAUACCACUCAUUGCGCUGAAAUCUCCUCCACCGUUAUCUACCAUACCCCAAUCGCCCCAAAACGAUGACACUCCAGUUCCGCGACCGAUACGCACGCACGGUCUUGAUCCAGUGAGUUCGCCCCCCAGUGCGUCUCGGGAUGUGGAUUACUUCUCCCCCCACGCGCGACGCGGGUCUACGGCGAGCACUGCACUGUCAGAUGGUGGGGAUUUUUCUGCAUGGAGUGGUCCUUCGAGUGGUCUGGCAACACCGACACCAAGCACUCCUAGUGGCGGCAGCGGGUUCAUCGGACGUCUGAAGAGUCUCGGUAAAGGCACUGUGAGAAAAGCGACCAGCGACACGGUGCCGGGCUCUCCUAUAUCUAGUCCUUCUGGCAAUCUAGCUGAGACACCAACUGCUCCAGAGGCACCUCCAGAGACCGCUGAAAAAUCACCUGUACAAUUGCUCCUGGCAAACCCAAUCUCACCUCCCACGUCUAGCGACGCUCCCACUUUGAUGUUGCCUCCAGCAAUGACGAUAUUGAUAUCUGACGAAGUAUAUCCUGGGUGGAGAACUGUCUAUAGGGGCAGCGUGUCAACGACAUGGGCUGACGUGUACAAGUUGGAGUCGACGAUACCUCUGUGGCUCGCUGAAUACCUGCUAUUCAACAAAAUUACAAGCCCACCCAUUGUGAAGGUCUCUUUUGUACUGUUGCCUUGGCCGGGCACAGAGCCGGGAUAUGCGCCACUGCCUGAGUUGCUCAACACGUCUCAGUCCAAAUUAACGUCAAGCAGGUUCCUCAGAGUUCGCAAGCUGACCCAUCAUGUUCAAGAAAAACUAGACAAGAUAUCUGGCAGUCCUACAUCGCUGCAUUCCCCAGCGCACGAUGGUAGUCAACACUCACAGGAUCGUGCCAGGGGUGAAGACCUGUACGAAAUACUCUGCAAUGACUCUGUUCUGCCGCUGGAUAUGACUUUAGCUGCUGUGCGGCAUUAUUUCUGGCGUCAGGCUGGUGAGCUGGUGAUGCACUAUCGGUCUAAAAUUCGGACAAGUGCAUCCAAUGGUGGUAUCUCUACUCGACAAAAUAUGUAAUUUCCUGUAGGGUACUCAUGUAUGUGAUAUGAGGAGACCAUUUUGUUUGUUAGAGCACCUUCGAUACCUACCAUUUCUGCUUAUAUAGAAUGAUAUACCAAGGUGCACUGCCCUGUUCGGUCAGUACUUCGCGUCCG